GUAUGACAGAAGUUGCGUAGUCAUAACACACUAACGUAGCAGUCAAAUGGAAUGCUACUGGAACUUUCCACUGGACAGGAUAAAAGCUGUGAGCCCUAGUCUGCUCCGGACAUAAGCUCUCAGAAACACACUCAGAGACGAGACCAACGGAGACCAGCAGAAACGACACAGACAGAGUUGAUUUGAAGAUGCUUUGCCCCAGCAUGAUGCAGCCUUCCCUCAAUCCAAUGAGCCCAAUGAGCCCCUUCAUGGACUUCCACUGGCCCGUUCGCAGUCUCUGGCCAGAGACACGGCCUCUCUUCUUCCAGAUGGAGCAGGAAAUUAUGCGAAAUAUGCAGGAGAUGAGGCACAAUAUGGAAUAUAUGCAACGAUUGCACCAAAAGAUUUUUGAAGACAUUGAAGGCCCAUUAUCUUCAACUGACUUCAAGCCCAUCUCUUUCCAGAUGGGAAAAGAAAACAACCGUUUUGCACUGACACUGGACACUAAAGACUUCUCCCCAGAGGAGCUGUCUGUCAAGCAGGUGGGCAGGAAGCUGAGAGUCAGUGGAAAGACAGAGAAGAAGCAGGAUGAUGGAAAGGGCUCCUACUCUUACAGAUGCCAGGAGUUUAAACAGGAGUUUGAUCUGCCUGAAGGCGUGAAUCCUGAGACUGUCACCUGCUCUUUGAAUGAUGGACAGCUACAGAUCCAGGCUCCAAAAGUGGUUGCUGUGACAGAAGGCAAUGAGAGAGUGGUUCCUAUCACUUGCUUACCUGCCAUAACCUCACCCGGCGCUGCAGCUGAGAGCACUGCUGUAGAGGCAGAGCCCAAGAAGGACUGAUUAUGAUGACACUGUAUCAUGAUAUAACUAAUACCAUUAACUUUAUGGCUGGACAAUAAUAUACAACUCCCAUGAAUACUAGUCAGUACAGACAUCAGUGAAUUAUCUCGGGUAAAUUGCUCCUUGUCAAAUUUGAUAAAUGCAACGUCAAUAAUUCUCAAUGGCAUGGAAUGUAAAGCCAAUGUUUAUGCAAAUUCAAUAAAUGUAUUAUUAUUAUUUUAUUUUUUACAAUGUUUUGCCUUGUUUGAUGUAAUUUCGUUAUACAAACCAGUAUUUCAGUAUGUUGCAUUUGGUUAAUUAAUAUUUUUCCAUUUAAAUCAUGUCCCUGAGUUGGUAUGAUGGGUAUGCUCUGGCCUGGUAAACUUUCCAUUUCAAUAGAUGCCAUGAAAAUCAAAUAGUGGAUCAAAAGACAGUUUGAUUUCAUGAAGAGUAAUGUAGUUAAACAAAAUGGUGUUAGAGUAAUGUAGUUAAAAGUUUGUUAGGGUAGUUAGAGUAAUGUAGUUAAAAGAUUGUUAGGGUAGUUAGAGUAAUGUAGUUAAACAAAAUGGUGUUAGAGUAAUGUAGUUAAAAGGUUGUUAGGGUAGUUAGAGUAAUGUAGUUAAAAGGUUGUAGGGUAGUUAGAGUAAUGUAGUUAAACAAAAUGGUGUUAGAGUAAUGUAGUUAAAAGGUUGUUAGGGUAGUUAGAGUAAUGUAGUUAAACAAAAUGGUGUUAGAGUAAUGUAGUUAAACAAAAUGGCGUUAGAGUAAUGUAGUAAAAAGGUUGUUAGGGUAGUUAGAGUAAUGUAGUUAAAAGGUUGUUAGAGUAGUUAGAGUAAUGUAGUUAAAAGGUUGUAGGGUAGUUAGAGUAAUGUAGUUAAACAAAAUGGUGUUAGAGUAAUGUAGUUAAACAAAAUGGUGUUAAGAGUAAUGUAGUUAAAAGGUUGUUAGGGUGGUUAGAGAAAUGUAGUUAAACAAAAUGUGCACAAACAGGUUAUGUGUAUGUACAGUAUGUUAUGUGCAAAGAAUUAGGAAUUAUAAUAGUGAUUUAAUAGGAUCUGGAUCGUUCCGUGUGUGUUAGUGUCAUAUUCACAGUGUUCCAAUGUGCUAGAGAAUAUCUGAGUGUCACAGGAGUGGAGUGGUAGCAGUGAUUACACCAAUCAUGUUGUUGUCGUCAUGAUAUCACUGAAGAGAUCGUGACAUAUCUGAACUAUUUCUCACAACACUGUAAAAGGUUAAGAGCAGUGUGAACACUGCAUAUCAAAAAGAUGACGAGUAAGAAAUUAUCCCAUGACCUGAACAUGUAACUGCAAUUAAAGGUCUGGUAAGGUUGUCCUGAA